AUGAAUGACAAGGAAACAUUUCCACAGUCUAUCCACAACAUGCUGUCCACAUCUUAUAAGAUGGAGUAUCCAACGCCAAGUCAGCCAUAUUAUUUUGAUUACAGUGGGUCGGAGCCCUGCCAUAAAAUCGAUGUGAAGAAAAUGGCAGCCCGGCUCCUGCCCCCGCUCUACUCACUGGUCUUCAUAUUUGGUGUCGUGGGCAACAUGCUGGUCGUCCUCACCCUGAUAAACUGCAAAAAGCUCAAGAGCAUGACUGACAUCUUUCUGCUCAAUCUGGCCAUCUCUGACCUGCUUUUCCUUCUCACCAUGCCCUUCUGGGCCCACUCUGCUGCAAAUGGUUGGGUCUUUGGGAAUGCAGCCUGCAAAAUCUUUACUGGAAUGUACCACAUUGGUUAUUUUGGUGGAAUCUUCUUCAUCAUCCUCCUGACCAUCGAUAGAUACCUAGCGAUCGUCCACGCUGUGUUUGCUCUAAAAGCCAGAACGGUCAGCUUUGGGGUGAUGACAAGUGGGGUCACCUGGAUGGUGUCUGUGCUUGCCUCUCUCCCUGGAAUCAUCUUUACCAAAUCCCAAAUAGAAGAUUCUAAUUUUUUAUGUGGCUCUGAUUUUCCAAUAGAAUGGAAGAAUUUCCAUACAAUAAUGAGGACCAUCUUGAGCCUGGUCCUGCCGCUGUUUGUCAUGGUCAUCUGCUACUCGGGAAUCCUAAAAACCCUGCGUCGAUGUCGAAAUGAGAAGAAGAAGCACAAAGCCGUGAGGCUCAUCUUUGCCAUCAUGAUUGUCUACUUUCUUUUCUGGGCCCCCCACACCAUCGUCCUUAACUUAACCACCUUUCAGGAGUUCUUUGGCCUGGAUAAUUGCCAUAGCUCUAGCAUGCUGGAGCAAGCCAUGCAGGUGGCAGAGACACUUGGAAUGACACACUGUUGCAUCAACCCCAUCAUCUACGCCUUCGUCGGGGAGAAGUUCAGAAGGUAUAUCUCCAACUUCUUCCGAAAGCAUAUCGCCAAACGCCUCUGCAAACAAUGUCCAGUGUUCUAUGGGGAAACAGCAGAUCGAGUGAGUUCGACGUACACCCCAUCCACUGGGGAGCAGGAAUUCUCGGCUGGUUUAUAA